UAUUGAUAAUCGGGUCGAGACUCGAGAUGAUGUCAUAUCGCAGCUUAUUUUAAAUGUGACGUACCUAUUUCCACAUUGGAUUGGAUACCGCACGCGAAAGUACGCUACGCGAAAAUAGUGUAGUUUUCUCUGUGAAUUCGUGCAGUUGGGAGUUAAAAUAAAAGUGUAAUUAUGUCCUAUUACGACUACAAAGUUGCCGGGCCUACCCCUCCGCCAGCUCUGACAGACAAACUCCGCCUGUAUCAUGUGGAUAUGAACCCCUACGGGCACAGAGUCCUGCUGAUCCUGGAAGCGAAGAAGGCCAAAUACGAGGUGUACCGCCUGGAUCCGUUAAACCUACCCACGUGGUUCAAAGCCAAGAACCCAAGGCUGAAAAUUCCCGUCCUAGAAAUACCUACAGAGCACGGCGAUAAGUAUCUGUUCGAGAGCGUGGUCAUCUGCGACUAUCUGGAUGAGAAGUACGCCGCGAAUCCGCUGCACUCGAGAGACCCCUACGUCAAGGCGCAGGAUCGCCUGCUGAUAGAGAGGUUCAACGAGUUAAUAAAAGGAAGUCUAGAGUGCUUCGACACAAACUUCGCGUUCGGCAGCGAGCAAAUUAUUCAGACUUUAGACAUUUUCGAAAGGGAACUGGCUGUGAGAGGAACAUACUACUUCGGCGGGGAUCGCCCCGGGAUGCUGGACUACAUGAUAUGGCCGUGGGUGGAACGACUGUACCUGCUAAGAUGCGUCAAUGAGAGGAAAUUUGACGAAAAGAGGACGAUAUUCCCUAAUUUUGCGGACUGGGGUGAUCAGAUGCAGCUUGACAGGGUAGUCAAAAAACAUGCGAAUUCGCCCGCCGAAUACUUCGAGUACUACAAAAACGCCCGAACACAUACCAUGGGAUACUACCUUUAGGUCAGUGUUCACACCGCACUCAAAGAGAAUACAAACACUCCGUUACCGUAAGUACUAAUCUGGUUGUAUAAAAAUCAUCGAUAUUUUUUAAAGAUAUUUCCACCUGUAGAUAUCGAUAUUAUUGAUUGAAUACCUGUUACAAGAAUUUCGCUAGAGUUAUUCAAUUUUUUGUGUUAAUUUUGUAGUUACAGACCGAAAAUUACAACGGAAUCGUUGGGAAGUAAAUAAAACUAUGUAAGGUGGUUUCUAAAUCGACCAUUUUAAAAUAACUAUCGCUGUUUCUUUCUCGUGUUCAUAUAAUUCCGUUCUUUUACGAUAAACAAAACUUUUUUUAAUGCGUUACAGUUAAGAUUGUGUUAUGGGGUAGUGUAAGAUUUUGAUUGUAGCUUAAUGAAUAACAAGGCAACUUUGUAUCCUUCCUUACUUAAUAUUAGGUAAAAGCAUAUCUAUAUAGCUUAGCGCAUUUGCAAAACUUAUAGCUAUAUUUUAUAUGAAACUUUUACGAUAUUUACAAUAUAAAGCUAAUAUUCAUAUAUGUAAGUGUAAGGAGAACCUUUGGAUCAAUAAAACUGCGUUGUUUGCAUCCACCAUUUAAUCUUUUAAUAUAUUUUCUUUUCCGUCAACACGACACACCCGUUCUUGAUGCCCGCGCUGACUCGGACCCACUUUCUCCCUUUUGUUUCUCAACUACCCACUUUUCAUCUAUCUAUAUAUAUAAAAGAGAAAGUGUGUGGGUAUGCUCCGUGUAGGC